GUGAAGGUGAAGGUCAUGUGCAUCGAGGGGCCGCGGGAGCUGGUCUUCAAGUCAGCCAGAACAUGCGCUUGCUUCCACUGCAAGAAGUACUAGACCUUCAGCUCGCAACAUGGGAAGAGGAGGCGCGGAUAAUGGAGACGAAAAGGAAGAAGAAGAAGAAGAAGAAGAAGAGAGAGAAGGACGCUGAGGACGUGGUGUUGGACGUGACGGGGGCAGGAGAAGAUGGUGCUUCUUGUUGGAGACGCUACGAGGAGGCAACGAACACUUCACUCACAUUUUCCAUCACUCGAGACCGUACAUCGUGGUGCCCUGUUGUAUGUCGUCGGCAUCACUAACAAUCCCCAAAAAAAUCUGUUGAUCCCAUUCAGAGAUGUUCAAAAUGGAUAUACAAUAAUUACACCACAGAAUCAUAAAAAAGAGUAUUCAUACCACGAGGAUUCUCAAACAGCGACAGUGCAGCUGCCAGGAGCUCGCUCGCCUGACCGUCAGAGAGGGGCUUAAGCGCUCAGACGGGGAUGACCGCGAUGCCGCCCGCCCGCGCACAGGUCCUCGCAGGGACGGUGGGCGGGCGAAGUGGAAUAUAUUUUGGCCCCGAGGUUUCCAGCCUGUGCGCUCCCCCUCUGCCUGUGCGGUUUCCUUUGUCUGUUUCCUUUCUUGUGAAAUGCUCUUGACAAUCACAAAAACAAA